AUGGUGCACAUAAACAUCGAUAAUCUAAAACGCACCGAUCGCUCACUAACUUGGCUUCCGGAACCAACCUGUGAUAGGUGCUCGCUUCCGUUCACCAACCAUGCGGAUGAGCUGUACAAUCGGUUACCGUUGCUGUUGUCCUGCAAGCACCUGUUGUGCGGUAUGUGUGUGCGUGAACAUGCCCAAAGCGAUAGCAUCGUGUGUGAACGCUGCAACAAGCGUGUACCAUUUCCGGAUGACUGUGACAAUGUGGCGGAUGCACUGCAUCCAAGCUAUUACAUGCUGGGCAUGAUGUUUCAGAUGCAGCAAGAGCUGAAGUAUCUCGGGCUGUACUAUGGGGACGAAAGUAAGAAAGUAAAGCAGGCUAGGAAUGCAGCGCCAUUGAACGAAAAGGUCCAGACUUUGCCCAUAGAAUCACUUUCCACACGCGAUAUAAGUACUACGAAGAAGAUGAAAAGGUUGUUGGAAGAAGCGUUUGAUUCGUACGAAAAAACAAGCCAUACGCUUCACAAGCGUGCCAAAUCGUAUCCUGAAAAAGUUGACCACGUGGUACAAAAAAUCAAUGCACAUUUUCUCGUCCUGCACAAUGCGCUACAGAUGGAGCAAGAUCGCGCACUGCAACUGGUACGCAAAACGUAUCUCGAGCAACAGCAGCGCAUCGAGCAGCAGCAACAACAUUUGACAGCUUCCAGAAAACGGUUGAAGGAAUUGCAUACGCGCUUAAAGACCUUUCACGGCAAAUCGCUUUGUUCGGAUGAUCGUUCGUGGUUGCUGUUCAGCGAAGACGUUAAACUGUUUCUUGUAAGGGAGCCAUUGAAACUGUCAACGGUGGGCGGUGGCAGCAGUGGUGUCCAGUUGGUGGAAUUUCAUGCACAGAAUGUCAAGGUUUUCGAAACUCUCAGUGCCAGCUACAAAUUGAAUGUUUCGAAUUUGAGCAAGAUGGAGCAGCUUGUACCUUUUGCCGCCAGCGACAAGCACGAUAUAGCUGAUGCAGCUGUAGCAGUAAAUAAAGCAAGUGAUACAAAUUUACCGACGUAUUCUGCACGGGAAAAAUCGGACCAUAACAAGCAUCAUGAACAUACCGUUAGAAAAACGGGCAGUGCCAUCGAACAACCCGAUAAUGUACCGUCACAUUCUACAUUGGAAAGGAAACUGUCGAUCCGCAACAGACAUCAUCAUGAGCCUGUCGCUAGGUCGAUCAUUUUCGAAGAACAAAGUAUGCCAACACGAGAGAGCAAACAUGCUGAAGAAAGUGCUCGCCACUGCACUGAUAGCCAGAAAGACAGGGCACGCGGAAAGAAACGUUUCAAGACUAGCUCAAAACAGCACGAGCGACGCGUGCUUAAAGCAUCAGAAAUAGACACCUUGAAACGGUGCUUUUGGAUGGCCACGAUUACCUGCGUAGUAGGUCCAACAGAAAUAUACGUCCGGGAUGAAUUGUACGAUUGUGCGGCGGAGAAAAUCGUUGAGCUGUGUCAGGUAGAAGCGGAAGAUUAUGAGGCGAAGCUGUUAUCUGAACCGCGUAUCCUAAACAUUGAGCUUGGUGCCGUUUAUCUCGUACAGCCAAAAAAUUCCACCGAUUGGUACAGAGCGGUGGUACUAAAUCUACUGAACCCAACGCCGGAACAGCGCGGACCCUACGAGGUGCGUUAUUUGGAUUAUGGUAACACGGAUGUCGUCGAGCACGAUCAAAUGCGACCUAUAUCGGAAGAGCUGGGCGAGAUUGAAUCUCAAGCGAUAAGAUGCGCUCUGUACAAUAUCGUACCACGGGAUCGUACUGCCACAUCCUGCCCGGAGGAAUGUUACCAGCUAAUGAUGGACUUUGUUGGAAAUCGUAAAGUACUGUUGUACGAACUGGAUGAUUCAUCUGACCAGCGGGUGGUUGAUUUGUUUUUACCGCCAAUUAAUAAGACGAAAAGUCCAACAGCAAGCGAUACGAAGAUAGACGUGAUGCGUUGGGAUGGUUACUAUCCUCCGAUGUCGAUGCGAACGAUGUUGAUAAAUUUGCAGCAGUGUUACCAAAAGGUAUCUACCGUGCGUGACUCGCAAAUCAAUGACCGUCUCGUGCUGCUGAAGUACUGGUUGAGUCUAGCAAAUGCCCAGGCGCAGCAGCGAUGUACCAUCCCACGGGCGCCGGUGUUGGCUGAGUUUGAUUUUUUCGACGUUUACAUCACACAUUCAAAGUCACCCGAUCACUUCUACAUUAUGCCGAUGGAGUGGAAGAAGGGCAUCUUCGACCAGCUGCAGGAAGAGCUGAAUGCGCUGUGCCAGGAAGCGAAUGCGUACAAAGUUUUCUGUCCGUACGAGGGGAUCGUAUGUGGUUUCGCGCUCGACACCCAAGAUCGUGAUCGGGUUUGGUUGCGUGGCCGCAUUGAGAAGAUCGAGCCGGGAAUUUGCUGGAUGUAUGCGCUCGAUACGGGUGAAAGCAUGCAGGUUAGCUGUAACGAUUUGUAUCUGUUUCCACCUGGAAGCAGCCCCCUGUCAGUACAUCCGCUCGCCGUGUGCUGUGGUUUGGAGCAUAUUCGUCCGAAGAGUGCCACAUCCACCUGGGAUGAGGAUGCCAUCGACGAGUUCAAUAUGCUGAUGAAAAGCAAAACGCUUCGGUUCGCCGUCACGAUUGGUCCGCUGUGGAGCGAAACGAAGUGUAUGUACAGUGUGUUGCUGUAUCUGCGCAACAAAUCCGACGUUGAUACGUGCGUCAAUAAGCUGCUCGUUACACAGGGUCACGCCGAAUGUAUCUUAGGCAGAGAGGCACAAAUAAGCGAUCUCUUAAACAAGCCGGACAUCACGAAGAUAAGUGUUGCGCCAGCAGCGGCAGCAUCAGCAACUCCGGAGUCCCCCAAAAAGGUAAUCGAUCCGCGUGUCCCGGUCGAUGUAUUGAGGGUGAUAUCGCCCAUCGAAAUCUACGUACGGUUGAGUUCGCGUAAGGCCGAUCUGGAUGGGCUGCACCAGACGAUACAGCAUCACAUGGAAGAAGCACUGGAUGGUGAUGUUGACAGCACAGACAACUGUUCCACGGGUAAGAGCGGCUGGGCAACUGGUGAUAUGUGCCUCGUGUUUACCUCGCCGUUUAAACCCAACAAUACCGAAUGGUACCGUGCACGGAUUACGGAAGUACAAGAAGAAGGCGAGUUGUACGAAGCGUUUUUAAUCGAUCUUGCCUUAACGGUGCAGGUUCAUCAAACCAAUGUGGCACGUAUGGUACCACGCAUCGUGCAACUACAGCCCGGGGCCGUCCGUUGCCAAUUGGCGUGCAUUGAACCGCUUAGAGGGACUAGUGGUUGGCAAAAGGUGACAGUAGAUGAAUUAAACACCAUCAUCGAUUCGUACGAUAAGCACGCAAUCUCCUUGGAUGCGAAACGACCAAAGAGUGAAGAAAGCGCGGCACCCAACCCCAAAGAAUCGUUGUCCGUAGUGCUGUGGGGUGUACGGGUGCUAGAACGGCAAGCACUGGCGCCGCAGAAAACGGAGUACCGAAACAUCAACCAGCUGCUCGUCGUCCGAGGUUUAGCGCACUCAUCUGGGCGCUUUCGUAUGUUUGCCACAAAGGGUGAAGGGGCGCUGGAAGAACUGCAGUCGGUGGAAGAAGCAAUCGAAAAGAUGAUGCGCUGCGAGUACGAAAAGUUGCAGCAAUUUUUUCGCGAAAUCGCCGCCGUCUCCGCCGAAGCGGAAGGAUUCGGAGCACAGGAGGACGACAACGAAAAGGCGCAGGGUGCACUAAAUGGCGAGGGAGCGCAAGCCAGGGUGGAAAUUGACAGCGCUUGCGCAAUCAUGCUUUCGCUGGUUGAUGACACGGGUGAACCGAUCACGGAUUGGCCGAUGGGCGAUCAGAUCGAGAAGACCGUUUUCGUGGGUACGCCGACGCACAUCGGUAACGAUGGAACCGUGUUCCUUUACGACAUGUGCCAGGAACCGGUGUUGCACCGUAUACGUAAUACGAUCAGAGAAUACAUAGAGAAGCGUAGCCUGUCUUCGCCGGCAACUCCGGAAGCCUUCAAGCCGGGAGAACCGUGUCUUGCCAAAUAUCAUCUGGAUGAGAUGUUUUACCGUGGCACCGUCGUAGCUGUCAUCAAACGCAACAAGUAUCGCGUGCUGUUUAUAGACUACGGUAAUGAGGAAAUCUGCCGUGGUGAAGAUCUGAGCAAGGAUAUCGUUUGCGGACGGGUGCCGGUCCAGACGAAUCGGUUUCGGUUGAGUGAAAUUGUUCCGAAGCAACUGUGCAAAAUGACGGGUUUGUGGCCCGAAGAUGCAAUCAUGAAGUGUCACGGCCUGAUCGUACAACAACUAUGCCAGGUAAGCGUCAAUACACUCAUCUGGUCGCCGAACUACAACGAGGAGGCGAAAAUUCGUCAUCCCAUUCCGUGCAAGCUGUUUCGGCUCAACGAUUCGGUCGAUGUGGUCGAAGCGCUAUUGGGAUUUGGGAAUUUUAAGCGCGUUGUAGAGAAGGUGGAACAAUCGGUGGAAGGGCCCAGCUCUACGGAUGGACGUGUAUCGAAACGGUACAGAAAAAUCAAAUAUCCCAUGACAGAUGCUGGCCCAGGUCGAUGCAAUUCGCCACCAUCCUACACACCAGAGCAACGUGAUCUAUUGCAAUUCUUGGAAGAGAUGGACUCGAGCUACGAGCAAAUCCGCAUCCAGAAAGAUUUUGAAGACCCAAACGAGCUGCCAGACGAAGCAGAUGACGAAAGUAGCGGUCUAAACCGUGUCCAGCUACUCAAAGUAGAUACCGCCGACCAUUGCGAUACAUCGUACGACAGUAGUUCGAGCAGUAAGAAUUCAUUGAUGUCGCUGGCAUCCUUCACACCUUAUGAACUAGAUUCGUCCACUCAGUUUUCGCCAAAUGAGCUGGAUGUCUCGCCGAAUACAUUCAUUUCACCGAUCAGUCCGAACCGAAAGAGUGGAUUUUUUGCCAACUUUACCAAUUACGGCUCUAACCUUACGCUGCACAUCUAUCCCCAGGUUGAAGGACAUUCGGUUCGUACAGAAUACCUGGAAACGAAGGUACAGCACGUCGCUAACUCGCAGUCCGGGAUGCUUCAAUGGCAGGCGAGCCUGACCGAAGUAGGUCAGCCGUGCCUUGCGCCGUACGUGAAUGAUGGUCGCUACUAUCGUGCGGUCGUCGAAAAGGUGCACGAAGAGCAUGCCGAGGUAACCGUCCUGUUCGUAGACCACCUCAACCGGAGCACCGUUGCGAUCGCCGAUUUGCGCAAGUGUUCGAAAGAGUUGCGCACCAUUCCAUUGCGUCUUGCCGAGGUGCGACUGAACGGCGUCCGUCGAAAUCCACGCAUUCGGGACGAGGAUAUUGGCAGACGAUUGAAGGAAGUGUUGGCGCAAUCAUUCUUCGUACGGAUUGUCCCGUGUACGAACCCACCGCAACCGGGUGAAACGUUCAUACCGGAGGUACAACUAUUCAGUGACUAUGAACGGGGCGUCUUAGCGUACCAACGAAUGUUCGACGAAAAGUUCCUAUAUCCUACCAAUCCGUAG